AUACACGAAAAUGUGGUUGGAAGUGUUAUUAGUAAAUUUUUUUCUACACACAGUACCAAAGAUCUCAGGUUUUGUUAAUCUAGCGCAUGCACCUGGGCAGGCUCUACAGGGAACUGCCUCUUGGAAUGUUGUUCCUCAUACCAGCACCUGGAGUGCUGACAAAGCGGUUGAUGGUGACACGAGACAGGACUAUCUUCCUACGUGUGCUAUUGCUAACUACGAUGCGUACACUUAUAAAUCAGUUUGGUGGAAAGUUUGGUUAAACAGGAAAUUUAAUAUAGCAUAUGUGGAAAUCUAUCUGCGAUCCGUAGCGACAGGCCGGGCAACUGGUUUUUCCAUAUAUUCUUACGAGGACGUAUCGUAUACUCCUCCCACUGGAGACACGGGGCAACUUAUUUACCGUCACGACCCUAUGUCCGGAUGUCCAGCGUUCCUCCAAAACAUAACUGUGAAUAAAGUAGCUCAGGGAAUAGCCUUCUUUAACGAAAGACCAGAUGGAUUUACGUCAAGCUGUUCAUACACAAGCGCAACAAAGACCUCAGUUGAAAUAUGCGAAGUGAGAGUUAUGGGUUGUGACCAAAAUAGAUACCCAUUUGGAUGCAGUAAAGAAUGCAGUACUAAAUGUAAGGACAGACACUGCGAUGUAUUUAGCGGAUCAUGUAUCUAUGGCUGUUCUAAUCCUGGCGCUGUGUCCUUAGAUUGUACUGUGUGUGAUGACGGAAAGUAUGCUUUAAAUGAUCGAUGUGAACAAUGUGGACACUGUCAGGGGGACACAGUGUGUGAAAAAGGAACAGGAAGAUGUCCGUCUGGUUGUAAGGAAAACUGGAUCGGGGAUAUUUGUAAAGAAUGUGCAGAUGGUUACUAUGAUGUGAACUGUAGUGCACAGUGUGGAAAUUGUCUUCAAGGAUUUUGUGACAAGAAAAACGGAAACUGCCUAUCUGGUUGUAAACCGAACUGGAAAGAACCUUUGUGUCAAGAAUGUACUGAUGGUUACUAUGACCAGAAUUGUAGUAUCAGAUGUGGACACUGUCGAGAUAGAUUUUGUAACAAGAAAACUGGAAUAUGUUCAUCUGGCUGUAAACUGAAUUGGAGAGAGCCCUUAUGUCAAGAAUGUGUUGACGGUUACUAUGGUCCGACUUGUAGUACUCAGUGUGAAAACUGUCGAGAGGGACUUUGUGACAGGAAAAACGGAUCCUGCCUAAGUGGUUGCAAAAUAAACUGGAAAGAACCUCUCUGUCAAGAAUGUGUGGACGGUUACUAUGGACACAAUUGUAAUGUCAUAUGUGGUAAUUGUCGAGAAGGAUUUUGUGAAAAAAUAAACGGAAGUUGUUUAUCUGGUUGUAAAAUAAACUGGAAAGAACCUCUGUGUCAAGAAUGUGUUGACGGAAAUUAUAACGGAGACUGCAGCAGACAGUGUGGACACUGUCUUACCGGAGUUUGUGACAAGACUGUUGGAACUUGUGUAAGCGGAUGCUUACAAAACUGGCAGGAACCUCUGUGUCAAGAAUGUAUUGAUGGAUUUUAUGGUGAAAGCUGUAACACACAGUGUGGAAAUUGCAUCCAAGGACUGUGUGACAAGGGGAAUGGUACCUGUAUGAUCGGCUGUUUACAGAACUGGGAGGGUCCUAUAUGUCAGGGUAAAGAAUUUCAUCUGAAGACCUCACAAAUCGAGGAUAUAAUUUAA